AUGGUCUGUUCAGCUGCCCCCGUGCUACUCCUGGCCGUGACUCUCCCCCUGGUGGGGUCGCCAGAUGCCCGAGCCUCCCAACCUGGACAGAGUCAGGCUGGAGGGGAAUCUGGGCAGCAACUGGACCAAGAAAGUGGAGUAGGUGAAUCAGUCCUGGUCUCGGUCUAUGUACAGCUGGACUUUUCAAAUGAGACCUGGCCAGCGGCACUCUCCAGGACCCUUACUCUCCCCGCUGCCUUGGCUUCCCCUUCCCCAAGAACUCUCACUGGCCUCAGCCUCACAACAGAGUGUAAUGUCAACCACGAUGGGUGUACCUAUUGUGCUUGCCUCUCUGGAUACCAGUGGAAUGCCAGUUCCCAUCAUCAUCCUUGCCAAACUUCCCACAACCACCAACCUUGUGGCUGUCUUGUCUUCAGCCCUACUGAAGCCGGGUACUGCCAGUUGCUGCGACCUGUCCCCAGGACCCUGAGCCUGCACUCCCGGACGCAGACGCCUGGCGACACGCUGAACCUGACUCUUCUCACGAGCCACGAGACCACAAACCUCAACUGGUUCCUGUGGCGUGCAGGGAGCCCCGGACCCCUCCCCCUACAGCCAGGGACACGUGUGUCCCUGACCUCCAGCCAGGGCCAGGCUGUCCUCAGCAUCUUCAACAUCUCCCACAAAUGGGCAGGUGAGUACACGUGCUGCUUUGAGGCCCAGGGAUUCAGGUGGGAGCUGUACCAGGUGGUGAGGGUGUCCCUGCAGGCGACAGACGUGGCUCAGCUUCCAGACCAGCUCUCCAUCUCCUGCACCACCUCCCCUGGCUUCCAGCUGAGCUGCUGCACCCCCGGCACCCAUUCAGCCUGUACAGCUUCCUGGAGCCCCAGAGGGGGCAGCAAAGGUAGAAACACUACCUGCCCUGAGGACUUCUCAGCUGUUGCCUGGAAUGUCACCAAGGCUGGCCAUGUGGCAGAGGCCCUGUGUCCCGUGAACAGGACGGGCAUGGUGAAGAGGCCAUGUGGGUCUGACGGGGUCUGGGGGCCCAUCCACAGCAACUGCACAGACACAAGGCUCCAGGCCUUGCUUCAUAAAGCCCAGAGGCUGCAGGAAGGCCAGGGCUGGCCUGCCGAGGAGGUGCCAGAGAUCCUGGCACAGCUGUCGGAGCAGGUGGUGGUGGUGAGCUCACCCUCUGACUUACUGGCAGUGCUGGGCACCAUGAGCUCCCUGGCCAAGGUGGUGGCAGACGCCAGAAUACGUCUUAACCACAGUGCCCUGGAGGCUCUCCUGAAUACCAUAGACAAGGUGCUAGACAUGGACAACACUUUUCUGUGGACCUCAGCCCAGGCCAAGCAGCCCUCGGCGGGCUCAAAUCUCCUGCUGGCUGUGGAGACCCUGGCACGCAGCCUGUGCCCAGAGGAUCAUCCCUUCUCCUUCAGCUUGGCCAAUGUGCAGCUGCAAGCCGAGCUUGUCAGACCCCCAUUUCCUGCUGACUACAGUGUCCCCUUCUCCAAUCAGUCCCGACUGCAGGCACAGAUUCUUGGGCACUCACUGGCCCCACUGGGCCAUAAUAGAACCAACAACAGUAUCACUAGCUUGGUGCUGCAAAAACUGGACCACCUUCUGCCCUCAAACUAUGGAAAAGGCCUGGGGGACUCUCUCUAUGCCACUCCUGGUCUGAUCCUCACCGUCUCCAUCAUGGCAGGUGACCAGGUCUUCAACCAGGGAGAAGUCAUCAUGAACUUUGGGGACAUAGAUGGCACCCCCCACUGUGUCUUCUGGGACCAUAAUCUCUUCCAGGGCAAAGGGGGCUGGUCGGAUGAAGGGUGCCAGGUGCAGGUAGCCAGUGCCAGCCCCAGCACUCAGUGCAUCUGCCGGCAUCUCACUGCCUUCUCCAUCCUCAUGUCCCGACACAAGGUUCCAGAAAACCCCACCCUGGACCUCCUGGGUCAGGUGGGCUUGGGAGCCUCCAUUCUGGCACUGCUUGUGUGCCUGGGCGUGUACAGGCUGGUGUGGAGGGUCGUGGCACGGAACAAACUUGCCUACUUACGCCACGCAGCCCUGCUCAACGUGGUGCUCUGCCUGCUGGCUGCAGACACCUGCUUCCUAGGAGCCACCUUGCUUCCUCCAGGGCCCCGCAGCCCACUUUGCCUGGCCGCUGCCUUCCUCUCGCAUUUCCUCUACCUGGCCACCUUUUUCUGGAUGCUGGCUCAGUCCCUGAUGUUGGCCCACCAGCUGCUCUUUGUCUUCCAUCAGCUGUCCAAGCACCGAGUACUCUCCCUGAUGGUGGUCCUCGGCUACCUUUGCCCCAUGGGGCUUGCAGGUAUCGCCCUGGGCCUCUACCUACCCCGAGGGCAAUACCUGGGGGAGGAGGCAUGCUGGUUGGACAGGAAGGGAGUGAGGCUCUACACCUUCGUGGGGCCAGUGCUGGCCAUCGUGGCUAUAAACGGGCUGGUACUAGCCAUGGCCGUGCUGAAGUUGCUAAGACCUUCGCUGUCAGAGGGGCCCCAGGAGGAGCAGCGCCAAGCUCUUCUAGGGGUGAUCAAAGCCCUCCUCAUUCUCACACCCAUCUUCGGCAUCACCUGGGGGCUAGGCCUGGCCACUCUGUUAGAGGAAGUCUCCAUAGUCCCUGACUAUGUCUUCACGGUCCUCAACACCUCCCAGGGUGUCUUCAUCUUAUUGUUUGGUUGCCUCAUGGACAAGAAGGUACAAGAGGCUUUAUUCAAACGCUUCUGCCACACCCAACCCCUCACCUCCACUAUCUCCCUGGUCACAAAUGAAACCUACAUCCCGGAACACAGCAAAGGAAGACGUGAAAACGCCAGUUACGAAGAAAGGAUGACUUAAUUGCAGGAAUUCUGAUCUUCCAAACACUGGCAGUGAAGGGCAGAAUUUUGGUUUGUUUCUUUUUGAAGUUUAGGAAAAAGUGAAAUUAAUAGGUCCCUCUUUCUUUAAAAAAAUCAACAAAAAUUAUAAGUUUCAUAGACGUGCAUGUACACAAAAAGUCACUGAUAUGAGCACAUUUGUAAGAAUAUGUUAUAAAUUUUAAAGUAGAAAGAAAGGUACCACAGACUGCCAAGAGUUAAGGAGAAAAGAUGACAAAACACUGACAUUUAAAAGUGACAGGAUCAAGCUAAGACUAGAUAUAGAGAAUAUUUAAGAAAAGCCUUUAGAGGACACCAAGACGUCUAACUGAAUUAACUUAUGGAAUCUGCAAACGGAUGAUGAGAGGAUUCUGAAAAAUGUUUAAACUAGAUAAAUGAAAAAAUUCUGAUGAAUGAGUCUUUGUUAAUUACAAAAUUCAUGGGUAUUUUUAUAAAAUGGAAUGAGAAUGCUUUCUGUUGAAAUAAAAAUGGAUAUGCCACCACAUGCUGUU